AUCCCGCGGCUGCGGCGACGGCGGCCGCGGUGGAGCCACGGGUCGGGCUCGGCUCGGUGCGACGGCGGCCUCGGCGGCGGUGACGGCCGCGACCAGGUCGGCGUCCUGGCCAAGCAUGGUGACAGCCUGUGCCCUCGGCCCCCUCGUCUGGCGCAGCCGGAAGAGCCGCCAGCCUCGGGCGCCGAUGGCCCCCCAUGUGAGGGAGUGAGCAGCCUGGCCCUGCCCUACGGAGUGAGGGGGGACGCAGCAGCUGAGUGAGCUGAGACCACGCUGCCGACCCCCUCCCACCAGUUGACGAAUGGUGGACCGAGCAAUGAGUGACCCAUGUCAGGGUCAUGGAAUAAUGGUGGGAAGCAAGGCAUGAGUGACCCCCGUGGUCACCUGUAACUUCUCAGUGGAAAUAGUGGUCUCGGUGCCCCAAGCCGACUCAGCGACCCUCCCGGCCCUCACCCCAGCUGAUGGGGCCACUGGGGCCCCGAGCAGCAGCUUGACCGUCCAGACCCCACCCUGCCCAGCCAUGGCUGGUGCUGAGGGCUUCCAGUACCGCGCGCUGUACCCAUUCCGCCGGGAGCGGCCAGAAGACCUGGAGCUGCUGCCAGGCGACGUGUUGGUGGUGAGCCGGGCAGCCCUGCAGGUGCUGGGCGUGGCCGAGGGCAACGAGCGCUGCCCACAGAGCGUGGGCUGGAUGCCUGGCCUCAAUGAGCGCACGCGGCAACGAGGUGACUUCCCCGGCACCUACGUCGAGUUCCUGGGUCCUGUAGCCCUGGCCCGGCCUGGCCCUCGUCCACGUGGCCCCCGCCCACUGCCCGCCAGGCCCCGGGAUGGGCCCCCUGAGCCAGGCCUCACACUCCCCGACCUGCCAGAGCAGUUCUCCCCACCUGAUGUGGCUCCCCCCAUCCUGGUGAAGCUGGUGGAGGCCAUUGAGCGGACAGGGCUAGACAGCGAAUCCCUCUACAGGCCUGAGCUGCCCGCCCUGCGUACAGACUGGUCCCUGAGCGACGUGGAGCAGUGGGACAUCGCAGCCCUGACAGACGGCGUCAAGGGCUUCCUGCUGGCACUGCCCGCGCCCCUCGUGACUCCCGAGGCCGCAGCCGAGGCGCGCCGGGCCCUGCGGGAGGCCGCGGGGCCGGUGGGGCCGGCGCUGGAGCCCCCGACGCUGCCGCUGCACCGCGCGCUCACGCUGCGCUUCCUGCUCCAGCACCUGGGCCGGGUGGCCCGGCGCGCCCCCGCCCCGGGCCCCGCCGUGCGAGCCCUGGGCGCCACCUUCGGGCCGCUGCUGCUGCGCGCGCCGCCUCCCUCGCCGCCGCCAGGGGGCGCGCCUGACGGGACUGAGUCCAGCCCUGACUUCCCGGUGCUGCUGGUGGAGAAGUUGCUUCUGGAACAUCUGGAGGAGCAGGAGGUCGCACCCCCAGCGCUGCCACCUAAACCCCCCAAGGCAAAGCCUGCCUCUGCAGGCCUGGCUAAUGGGGGGAGCCCGCCCUCCCUGCAGGACGCUGAGUGGUACUGGGGUGACAUCUCCAGAGAGGAGGUGAAUGAGAAGCUCCGGGACACGCCUGAUGGCACCUUUCUGGUCCGAGAUGCGUCUAGCAAGAUCCAGGGGGAGUACACACUGACCCUCAGGAAAGGCGGGAACAACAAGCUGAUUAAGGUCUUCCACCGCGACGGGCACUAUGGCUUCUCAGAGCCACUCACCUUCUGCUCCGUUGUGGACCUCAUCACCCACUACCGCCAUGAGUCGCUGGCCCAGUACAAUGCCAAGCUGGACACCCGGCUCCUCUACCCCGUGUCCAAGUACCAGCAGGACCAGAUCGUCAAGGAGGACAGUGUGGAGGCGGUGGGUGCCCAGCUCAAAGUCUACCACCAGCAGUACCAGGAUAAGAGCCGCGAAUAUGACCAGCUCUAUGAGGAGUACACCCGCACCUCCCAGGAACUGCAGAUGAAGCGCACAGCAAUUGAGGCCUUCAAUGAGACCAUUAAGAUCUUUGAAGAGCAGGGCCAGACGCAAGAGAAGUGUAGCAAGGAAUAUCUGGAGCGCUUCCGACGCGAGGGCAAUGAGAAAGAGAUGCAGAGGAUCCUGCUGAACUCCGAGCGGCUCAAGUCUCGCAUCGCCGAGAUCCACGAGAGCCGCACAAAGCUGGAGCACGAGCUGCGGGCACAGGCCUCAGACAACCGAGAGAUCGACAAGCGCAUGAAUAGCCUCAAGCCAGACCUCAUGCAGCUGCGCAAGAUCCGAGACCAGUACCUCGUGUGGCUUACCCAGAAGGGCGCCCGGCAGAAGAAAAUCAACGAGUGGUUGGGGAUCAAAAAUGAGACUGAGGACCAGUAUGCGCUGAUGGAGGAUGAGGAUGACCUCCCCCACCAUGAGGAACGCACGUGGUACGUGGGCAAGAUCAACCGGACCCAGGCUGAGGAAAUGCUGAGCGGCAAGCGGGAUGGUACCUUCCUCAUCCGUGAGAGCAGCCAGCGGGGCUGCUAUGCCUGCUCCGUGGUGGUGGACGGCGACACCAAGCACUGCGUCAUCUACCGCACGGCCACGGGCUUCGGCUUCGCGGAGCCCUACAACCUGUACGGGUCGCUGAAGGAGCUGGUGCUGCACUACCAGCACGCCUCGCUGGUGCAGCACAACGAUGCGCUCGCCGUCACGCUCGCCCACCCGGUGCGCGCCCCCGGGCCCGGGCCCCCCCCCGCCGCCCGCUGA